AUGCGUUCCGGGGGCCGCGGGCGGCCCCGGCUACGGCUCGGGGAACGUGGCCUCGCGGAGCCAACCUCACCAUCCAAGCGCCGCCUGCUACGGCGGGUGCAGCUGUUGCCCCUGCUGCUGCUGACGCUGGCCGUGGGCUCGGCGUUCUACAUCAUUUGGAGCGGCUGGCACCGCAGGACGGAGAAGCUGCCGCCGGGCCAGGAGCUGCGGGCCCCGUUGAUCGGAAGCCUACCCGAAGCCCGGCUGCGGAGAGUAGUGGGGCAACUGGACCCGCAGCGUCUCUGGGGCACUUUUUUGCGCCCCCUGCUGGUUGUGAGAACCCCAGGCAGCCCCGGCAAUAUCCAAGUCAGAAAGUUCCUGGAGGCCACGCUACGGGCACUGACAGCAGGCUGGCAUGUGGAGCUGGAUCCCUUCAUGGCCUCAACGCCUCUGGGGCCACUGGACUUUGGCAACGUGGUGGCCACGCUGGACCCAGAGGCGGGCCGUCAUCUCACCCUCGCCUGCCAUUAUGACUCAAAGCUCUUCCCACCUGGGUCGGCCCCCUUUGUGGGGGCUACAGAUUCAGCUGUGCCCUGUGCCCUGCUACUGGAGCUGGCCCAGGCCCUCGAUCUGGAGCUGAGCAGAGCCAAAGAGCAGGCAGCCCCGGUGACCCUGCAGCUGCUCUUCUUGGACGGUGAAGAGGCAUUGAAGGAAUGGGGACCCAAGGACUCCCUUUAUGGCUCCCGUCACCUGGCCCAGCUCAUGGAGUCUAUACCCCACAGUCCUGGCCCCACCAGGAUCCAGGCUAUUGAGCUCUUUAUGCUUCUUGAUCUCCUGGGAGCCCCCAAUCCAACCUUCUACAGUCACUUCCCCCGCACGGUCCGCUGGUUCCAUCGGCUGAGGAGCAUUGAGAAGCGUCUGCACCAUUUGAACCUGCUGCAGUCUCAUCCCCAGGAAGUGAUGUACUUCCAACCUGGAGAGCCACCUGGCUCUGUGGAAGAUGACCACAUCCCCUUCCUCCACAGAGGCGUCCCAGUGCUCCAUCUCAUCUCCACGCCCUUCCCCACUGUCUGGCACACGCCCGCUGACACUGAGGCCAAUCUUCACCCACCCACGGUACACAACCUGAGCCGCAUCCUUGCAGUGUUCGUGGCUGAAUACCUGGGGCUCUAGCCUGCCGGCUAAUGCCCAAGAGGGGACCCUACUCUGAGCAAGACGUGCCCGGCAGGGGAUAUGUCAAGUGCACCUGGAGCUGGUGGAUCUCAGGCCAGGCCCACUGUGGGUGUGCUUGCUUGUCCUUUUUUAUACCUUUGGCUCCUACUUGUGCUCCAGUUGGAAGACCCCCUUUCCUUUGAUUAUCUUCAGGGACACAGAAGAGACCUUCAUGGGGAUGACAGCCAAAGGAAUAAGAGCUGGGCCCCUGCCCUGAGGUAAAUACUUGGUCUGAAAGUUUGCAGGGACCAAAUGCUAUUCUUUUAGUCAGCCAACCAUGGACUGGCAUCCGGACCAGCAAGCAACACCACCCAACCAAAUGAAUUCUCCAUGGCUUAUGUUUUUUUUGUUAGUUCGUUCUCCAGAAUGUCAGCCUUGCUACUGCACCAAUCCAAACCUAACUCCCACCUGGGACCCACAGAGGAUGUUCUCAUAAAUAGGAAAAGAGGAGAUGGAAACCAAUACUUAGGAACUCCAGAUUCUGCAAGACCCAAUGGGCAAUAAACUGGUAUUUAUGCAAAAUAUAUUCUGCAGAAAUAGUGUAAAUAGGUGUUGCAAGGAAAAGGGGAUCCAAGAUCAAAGAAACGGGGUAAGACAACAUUAAAUUUCUUCAGUACACGGUGUAAAUUUUCAAGAGUAAGACUGAGAAUGCAAUGGUUCCCAAAGUAUUUCACCAUGGAACCCCUUUAUUGGAAAGCACCUCACAAAAAUAGGGUACCUCAGAAGAUCCUUUGGGAAACACUGGGUUUGGACCAUUUAAGAACAUUUAUGGUAGGAAUGGGUAAGACAGACCUAGAUUCAAAGUAGUUAUACCAAACCAUCUUUCCUUUUCAGCUGUGUGUACAGCAGUAUGAGAUGUGAGGAAGUACUUCCCAACACAACCUCAUUUUUAGACUCAGCUGGAGGGCUUAAUAAAAAAAUGCAGACUCCCA